AUGCAACCUUUAGACAAGACAAUCAUGGGCCCUUUAAAAUCCUACUACAGCGAAGAAAUACGUCAGUGGCUUUUAACAUAUCAAAGACCUCUUAGUCCUUUCGAUGUUGUGGAAAUAUUUGGCAAGGCUUACAUAAAAAUUCAAAACGCAGAGUUAGCUAUAAACGGGUUUAAGACAACAGGCAUUUAUCCCCUCAACAGAAAUAUUAUCACAGAUGCCGACUUUAUAACUGAAGAGGGUGAAUGUACAGUACACGAUAUAUCUAUACCACAAAAGCCAACUCUUGGCAUAGAAAAUGUGUCACCCAAUAGCCAGCGUUUAACCACACCCACCAAGAAUAAAAAUAUUUCCCAAAAAGUGCUUAUUACUCUUGAAGCCAUUUUACCUUAUCCUAAAUUAAAAAGAAAACUCUCUAACCGUGGCAGAAAAGCUGGUAAAGCUUGCAAAAUUACAUCGUCUCCCUAUAAAGCUCAAUUAGAAGUUAGCUUGUCGUCAAAACAGCAGCACAAGCAGCAAAAACAAAGUGUUCCCGAGCCACAGCCAUCAACUAGCGGCUGUCAGAAAAACAAGCGAAAGAAGAAACCAGUGUUGGAGUCUGAAUCAUCUUCUGAUAAAGAUACCAUAUCUUUAUCUAGUGAAUGUAGUGACGACAAACCCUCUGUUCUUCAACCUAACGAUCCCAAUGCUGACGCUGAGUGCAUGUAUUGCUCUGGUCUUUCAGUGAAGACAAAAAGGGUGAAGAGUGGAUUCAGUGCAUUGCCUGUAGACAAUGGUGUCACGUUGAGUGUUCCGGAGCAGAAUAUCCAGAUUUUAUUUGUGAUUUUUGUUUACAGGGUUAAUUUUCUUUUUUUCUUUUCAUUAACGAGACGUGACCCUAUUAUGGAUUACCCUAUUCCAUAA